ACUAGGAACACCGCGUUUUCUUUGGUGGCGCUCACGCUGUCCCUGUCUCUUUAUUUGUCUCUGUCUCAGAGCUACACUACUUCACUUUCCUCUCUCUCUCUCUCUCUCUCUCUCUCUCUCUCUCUCUCUCUCUCUCUCUCUCUCUCUCUCAUCUUCUGAGUCCUUCUAAUGUCUUCUACAAAGGACGAUAAUCGAUAUUCGUUUGGAUCAAAAAGGUCUCGGAACGACGCUUCACGUAAAGAUGGAGACUGGACUUGUCCUAAUUGCGGGAACUUAAACUUUUCUUUUAGAACUGUUUGCAACCAGGGGCAUUGUGGUGCUCCAAGACCAUCCCUAACUCCACAGCCUGCCCCAGUUGCAAGCCCAUAUAGAAACAGUCAUCCCUUCUACUAUGGUGGUGUUGGCACUCCUCCUCCAUCAUAUGGAAUGUCGAGUAGGUUUGGAUCCCCGGUACCACAUUCUGGUGUACAGUAUGAUUAUGGUCUGUAUGCUAGGCCUCAUGUACCAUUUAGUCUGGUACCCAUGUUCCUACCUGGAAGCUUUGGAGGUUUUGAUUAUGGUCCAAGGCCUAGAAUCAAUGGCUAUGGAUAUGGCUUUCAAAGUCCUCCAUGGGCUGAAGGAUUAGAAACUGAUAAUUUUGCAUCUCGGAAACGCAGAGGAGGGCCAGAUGGUUUAUCUGAAGGGGACUGGAUCUGUCCAAAAUGUGACAAUGUUAACUUUGCCUUUAGAACCACUUGCAACAUGAAACACUGUGGAGCUGCAAGACCUGACUCCAACCAACCAAAUAAGGGUAUUCCUGAAGGUAGUUGGACUUGUAAAAAAUGCGGUAACCUCAACUAUCCCUUUCGAAAUGUAUGCAACCGAAAAGACUGUGGAAGUGAGAAAACAGCUUCUGCCAAGUGACAUCACUGUAUUUUACAUGAGGAGGGUUUAGUCCAUCUGUCUCCUUUUGUAAAGGAAAAAUUACUCUGGAGUGGAUUAGGAACAGAGAACUAGAUAGCCUUGACUGACUUUUUGAUGGAAGAGUUUCCCUACAGAUAAUUUUGGCCUCAUUGUUGAUGACAUUUUUUUUGUUAUGGCAAUUUACAUUAAGAAGAUACUGAAAAUGGUAUCAUCUGAGAUUUGGAUUUUCUUGGCAUUCAUUGUUAGCCUUUGUUCAUAUCCUUCUUAGUCUCCAUGGUGUUAUUCUUUUGGUAAGUCAUAUCAUUGUUGAUUUCUUUAGUGCUG